GUGUCUGUCUUACAGUAGAGCAAACACGCAUAGUAGCAGUCCACAGAGCUGUCCAGUGCAAAUCCUGAUAAAUCCAUGUAGUCUAUGACAAGAUCUGAUUUAGAAUACCUUAUAAAGUCUAACAGUGGAGUAUUUUUCAGAGGGAACAUGUAAGUAGCCCUUACAUGGUGGAUCACUUGGUGGUUACUGGAUAGAAAACAUUCUCUCGCGCAAAAGUCCACCUGCGUAAUUUUGAUUAAUGGAUUAAUGCUUUUAGCGCAAAAACCAAUACUCGCUGCUUUUUGGGUGGUUCAAGGGGGUGACCACCACCACCUCUUGAAUGACCCGCUGUGAAGGAAUGAGUGAUGCCGGACAGAGGAUGUAACAUCUGGAGUCUGGUGAUACUGUCCGUGUUGGAGAUGGGGCUCGGUGCGUCCAGCAUCGCCCUCGGUGUGUUCGGCAUCAUCCGAGUCCGGUCGGUUCACAAGCUGCAGCUGGGGGAUGCCUCUCCUAUAUGGAGCGGAAGUUGUUUUCUCAUCUGUGGACUAUGUGGGAUGGUGUGUGCAAAGAAAAGGUCAGGAUUGAUUAUGAUCCUAUUUUCAGCCUGCUGUAUCUGUGGGUUGAUCAGUGGGAUCCUAAACUUCCAGUUUGUGCGUGUGGUGGCAAAGCGUCCCGAUGCCCUGCCGUCCCUCUACCUGGCCAUCAUGGUGCUGGCCUGCCUGGGCAUCGGAGUGUCCAUCCUGUUUACCUGGCUCACCUGUCGUCUGGCCAGCAGCGAACAGCAGAGGAUGUACCUGGAGAGAGAGCUGUCCCUGCACCACUCCCAUGAGAUGAGUGAAAAGGAGUUGGCUGAGAGAUCUGAGAGAGCAGCCAGCAUUCCCCAGAUCUCCUUCAAUGGAAAGUCCUCCCCUCCAUUGUCAUUAGGCUGAAGCCCAGCUGUGUUACUGCAUUCAAAGCAACAUGGAGACAAUGUUGGUUUCAUACAACACCAACGGUUGCAGGGGACGUGAUCUCUUGCAAUUAACUGAUACACAAAGGAAUCAACUGAAGUUACGUCAACGCUCUGAGAAGGCGCUGGGAGAUUUGACAAUCGGCUUACCAGUGACGAUGUAGGCUGAAUGAUGCACCUGGAUAGUCCCCAGACAUGGCUUUGGGGGACAUGGAAACAGCAGAUAGAGGGGACAAAGCUAUGGCACAUCCAAAGGCUCAAAAAGAACAACUAAACCACUUGAGAUUGUCAGUGUUGAGACGGUGGAAGACAUAACUGCUUCAGGGUUUGACUGGUCAUAGUGAUCAUGUCAUACAGUGGAAGUUGUUUCCAGUACUAUUAUUUAUUUAAUGAUUAUUUAUGUAUGUUUUAUUUAAAUAUAUGUUUGUUUAUUCAUAAGCAUGCAAAUAUAAUAACAUCCCAUCUGUGAUAGGUUUUUACAAUUUAGAGCAUUAUAAUGAAUUAAAGGUUUAUUGAUGGUGAUGGAUGACGACUACGAUGGAUGAUGAUGGUGAUGACGACUACGAUGGAUGAUGCCGAUGAUGAGGAUGUUGAUGGUGAUGACUACAGUGGAUGAUGAGGAUGUUGAUGGUGAUGAUGUUGAUGACUUUAUUGUAUCCAUUAGGAAAUUAAUUCUAUAUGAAUUAGUAUAUUUUGCAGGAGAUCACAACCAGUAGGAGGCAGUAGUGAUAGUUAUAUUACCCCACUAGAGGGAGCACUCCGUCUCCUUUUAAUUUUUUUCUGUACCAAACAGCACCCUAUUCCCUAUAUAGUGCACUACUUUUGACCAGAGCCCUAUGGUCAAUAGUAGUAGACUAUAUAGGGAUUUGGGACUCAGACGUUUAAUCUUGUAGUAGAACAUUUGAACAGCAUAAUAAAUAUGGAAAGUUAUGGAUAAAUGA